AUGUGGCCAAUGUCGUUCCCGUACCCGGAGCGGCGUCCCCUCGACGUGGCGGGGAGGACCUACGACUAUGUAAUUGUCGGAGGAGGAACCGCUGGGUGCGUCCUGGCGUCACGGCUCUCUGAAGACCUAUCUGUCUCGGUGCUGGUUCUCGAGAAGGGGUACGUGCGCGACCAUGCACUAUCGCGCAUUCCAACACUCAGCCAAGACUUCUCCCGAAACGACCUGCAAGUGGUAAAAUUCAAGGCUGAGCCGGUCAGCGAAAUGCCCACGGAUGGCGGUCGCCAAAAUGUCAAAGAAGGCAUUGUUCUCUACGGAUGCGAUGGCCUGGGCGGCGCAUCCCGCAUCAAUGGCAUGAUGCUGACUCGAGGAUGGGUGGGCGAGUACCAGGCCUGGGCGGAUGAUCUUGGCCUCGAUGAAUGGGGGUGGAAAGACGUUGAGCCCUCUGGGAUCCCAUUGCGGCCAUUCACCAAGCAUUUCGCGUUCUACUCAUAUAUGGAGCGAGCCAUGGCGUCACUAAAUUUGGUAAAAAACGAAGAUAUCAACACCUCUACCACGACUGCCCAGGGCUACUACCAUACCCACACAGCGGUUGAUGUCUCCGGGCAGCGCCACACGGCGUACCAUGGGUACUUGAACAAACAGAUUGCACUUGCGCGGCAGGAUCGCCUCUCUAUCUGUACUGGGGCAGCUGUCACGAAGGUAUGCAUCGACACCGAGCCCGACGGUAGGCUCUCCACAAGAGGCGUCUUCUUCAAGGCCGUGGAUGGCAGCACUGGGUCACUUGAGGUAUACGUCAAAGCUCGACGCGAAAUCAUUCUUUGCGCUGGGGCUCUACGGUCUCCGCAGAUUUUGAUGCUCAGUGGCAUUGGGCCGAAAGACCAGCUUGAGCGGCAUAAUAUUCCCGUUCUCCGUGACAACCCACACGUCGGGAGUCAUCUCACCGAUCAUGUUGCUGGUCCAGCUGUGGUUAUAUCUGGACCUGAACAUGAAUCCCUCCUCACAGCGCUCCAGUCACCGUUUCGUCUGUUGUAUCACUUAUUCCUGUACAUCUGGUACGGCCUCGGGCUGAUUGCAAGCCCGACGACUGCGUUGGUCAUGUUUCUCCAGUCUUACACCCUGAAUGACAAGACAAUGGAAGCACGGCGAACUCAUCCCGAUUCAACCCUAUCAACCCUUGACGCAUCCAAGAAGAGCAAUAUCCCCGACUUCGAGGUUCAGAUUACACCGCUUCCCUGUUUCCAGCCAACCUUUGAGCGGGUAACUGCGCUGAAAGAUACUGAUACGGGAAAAGAUGUUCCGGCCUUCACCCUCUGGCCUGUCCUGAUGUCACCAUUCUCGCGUGGUCGGGUAGAGUUGGUGGACGCAGACAUGGCGACCCCACCCCGAAUCAUCCAUCCCUUCUUUACUGACAUACGAAACCACGACAUCAGCGUCAUGAAGAAGGCCCUUCGCUUCUGCAUGCGCCUGUCCGAAGCCUUCAUGAAGAGCGAGGGCCAGGUGGGCGAUGACAAAUACCCAUACCUUGACCGGUGCAGCAUUUUUAUGGGCCCAGGCAUGGACGAUGGGAUGGGGGAGUAUGAAGCCUCGGGAACCGGAAGGAAGACAGUCAAGUCGCGCACGGCAGCAGACGUUACAGACAUUGAGCUGGAGACUUUCAUUUAUCGAUGGUUUGGCACGGGCUAUCAUCAAGCUGCCGAGAGACCGUUCGAGAAGAGGAUCAAUGGUAGGACCGGUGGUGUCGUGGAUCAGCACCUUCGGGUAUUUGGUGUGAGUGGCCUCCGCGUCGCAGACGCCAGCAUCUUUCCCGUUAUUCCAAGCACACACCCCAUGAUUCCGACGAUGAUGGUUGCGGAGCGCUGUGCUCGCUUCCUGAAAAGCUACGAGUAG